AUGCGAGCGAGCUCACGCUUCGCAGCUGGCCUUGCUCUGGCGGGUGCUUUUCUGACUGGCGUUGACGCUGCUAUUCAGACGGUAACUCGCAACGGAAGAUACCUCUAUACCGCGGAUGGGAACAGGUUUUAUAUCAAAGGUGUAGCUUACCAGGAGCAAGGUAAGGACAUUUCGGUGCGGUGGUCGCGAGCGCAAGCAAUACCUUUCUUGAGCCAUCCACUUUCAUCGAUCGAUCCCUUGGCCAAUGGCACUGCCUGCACCCGUGAUCUUCCAUACCUGCAACAGCUUGGUGUCAAUACCAUCCGUGCCUACAGCGUUAACUCAUCGCUGAACCACGACUCUUGUAUGCAAACAUUCAGUAAUGCUGGUAUUUAUACUAUCAUCGAUCUUUCUCUACCUGGGAAUGGUUCGAUGGACCGCGACGCGCCGACCUGGACCACCAAUCUACUUGAUUUAUACAUCGAGACCAUCGACGUCUUCUCAAAAUACAACAACGUUUUGGCUUACAACGUUGGAAAUGAAGUUGUUAUCGCAGCUAACGGCACCGCUGCUGCUACCUUCGUCAAGGCGGCUGCUCGUGAUGUGAAAGCAUAUAUUAAUUCGAUCAGUUCUAGCGCGCUCGUUGGCUAUGCGUCCAUCGAUGGAGAUGCUACAUGGCUCGACCCUUUGGCUAACUACUUGUCCUGUGAUCCCUCUGGGUCAAACUCCGGUGCAACUGCCCUUGAUCUAUUCGGGUUGAAUAACUAUGAAUGGUGUGGAAAUUCAACCUUUGAGGCUUCUUAUGCCGGUGUAGAGGGACAAUUUGCGGGUUACAAUGUUGCAGCUUACUUCAGCGAAUACGGGUGUAUUACUUCUCCCCCUCGUGUGUGGACAGAAGUCGCGGCGCUUUUUAGCUCGCAGAUGUCUCCCGUUUGGUCUGGUGGUGUCGCAUUCUCUUACUUCCCAGCUACGAGCGCUCAGGGACAGUUCGGUAUGGUUACGAUCUCGCCUGAUGGAUCCACGGUCACUACAAGCAGUGAUUUCACCAACCUACAGACUCAGUACGCCGCUGCGUCGCCACCUAAUUCGCCUUCGCAGAGCGGCGCCGGCACUGCCACCUAUCCAUCGUGCCCUCAACAGAACUCAAGUUGGCUUGCCUCCAACACUCUUCCUCCCACGCCUAACUUCUCUGCUUGCCAGUGUCUCGAAAACAAUCUCAGCUGCCAAUUCACGCCUUCGACCAGUAACUACACAGCAAUCGUUGGAGCGCUGCUAGAUUACGCGUGCAGCCUCAUCGGACAGUCUGGUGGAUCUUGCAGCGCGAUUUCUUCCAACGGGACAACAGGACAAUACGGUGCGGUAUCUGAGUGCGACCCCACCAUAAUGUUGUCCUAUGUGAUGAGUGACUACUACAUAGCAAACGGGGCCAACGCUCAAUCAUGUAGCUUUGGUGGGAACGGGACCGUCAAUAGCAAGGCACCAUCCAGUGCCAGUGCUGCAAAUACCGCGGCAUCGUCCUGUCUCGCGAGUGCUUCGGGCACGUCCGUUCCCACUCUCCCUGCAGGAGCCCCGGGCCCCUCUGGGUCAUCAUCGAGCUCGGGUGGCGGAAGUGGUAGUUCACCUAACGCCGCAUCAGUUGUUCUCGCUGAUGCCAGGACCCUGAUGGGCAUGGGAGUUCUCGUUGCAGCUGGCAUCGCUAGUGGGCUCUGGACCAUAGCUUGA